GCAUUCUCCAGAUUACGACGAGUGUGAAGCCAGACUUCUGGUGACUAUAGAUUCUUCACUCACUUAUAUCACCUCACCUAUCCAUCUUAUUAGUACGAUCUCAUCGAAUUUGACAUUCCCCUCCUAGCCCUAUCUCCAAUCAAAAUGAAGUUCACUACUACUCUUACAAUUUAUGCUACAUUGGCUGUGACAGCCUUGGCGCACAGAAGAGAAUAUUCUCCACGCUGCUCAAGCAACUCGGUCCUUCCAUGUACAUGUCCUUCCGGUACAGAUUACUGGGAAUCUUCUACGUGGUCUGUAGUUGGAGCCAGUGCAAACGAUGUUAAGGAUCUAAUCAUGGAUUAUUAUGACUCCGCUUGGUUCGGAGUCAUACCUUAUGAAACCCGUGGUCCGGAAAACAAGCCUGGCGUUUCCAUUCGCACUGCCUAUCUGCCAACAAAAGUAGGCACAUAUAGUAUUUCAGAGAAGUUGACAGACCUCAAGAUUGACUCUCGUGGAGGAUUUAUUGAAAAAUUCGAGCAACUUGCCUCAACCAUUCCCGUGGCGUACAAUUCUGGCAAUGGCUCUUUCGGUGGAUAUUGGGUUACUUUGGAGAGUACCUAUAUUUUCAAAUACGAAACGGCUAUACGAUGGAGUAUAUAUGCUUGUGAGACAGGACACGCGAGGAAUUUCGCCGUUUUUCAUGAGAAUGCAUUGAAGAAUGUAAGCCGUGUUUUGGCAGCGCAGGGCAAAAUUAAGGGCAUAAAUCUACAGCCGUAUUCCGUUCAGAGCUUCUAGGGAUCUGUUUAAGAGAAAUUUUAGCUUCAAAGCCAGUUUUUGUAUGACUAGGAAUGGAAAUCAAUUGAAUGGGCAGAUAGCAGACGUACUGCUAAGGAUAGAAACAUAGCUUUCAGUGUACGAGAGCAUUUCAGAGCUACAGGCUUUAGAUUGAAUCCAAAAGCAAUUAUU